AUGCCAUCACCUACACUGCUAUCUGCCAAAGCGUCCGAGUCCAUGGCGAGGCCUAACAUACAACACGUGUCUUCGCUCGAAACAUACUUUGACGAAAUUGAAGUGACUAAUGGCGAUAAUGAGUGCAGAGUUUGGUCAGAGAAGCUUCUCGAUGCCAUCGCCGAGCUAGCCGCCUUUGUUGCUAGCCGUAGAGAAGGAGGUCCUGCCACCGAGUAUGUUGAACUUCUUAAGGGAUCUUUCAACAUGAGCUUUCGUUUCAGAUUCGAUGACGAAGGACCCGAUGCAAUCAUUCGGUUUCCGAAGCCGGGGCACACAGCUACAGCCCUCAGAGACGAGAAGCUUGCCAACGAGGUCAGAAUCAUGGAGUACAUCAGCCAGAAUACCACCAUUCCUAUUCCUCGUAUUCAUAGCUGGGGCACUACUGCAGAGAGUUCACAACAGUUUGGUCCCUUUAUCAUUAUGGAUUUCGUCGAAGGAAUGCUCUUGUCUGAAGUGCUGAAGCGCCCCACAGAAAGCGAUCAAGAGGACUUUAUACUAAACCCCGACGUCGACAAGACAAUGUUAGAGAAGGUUUACCGUCAAAUCGCAGGUUAUAUUCUCCAACUCUCUCAGCUACAUUUUUCUCACAUCGGGUCCAUCUCCAAAGAGCCUACCUCAAACGAGUGGGUGGUUACCGGCCGGCCGGUGACAUACAACAUGAAUGAGCUGGUAUCUGUCUCGGGUUGCCCAAGUGACAAUUUCCCGACAACAAGCUUCAACUCUGCAGCAGACUACCUGAAAUCUGUUUCUGUACUGCACUUGGAUCAUGUGUGGGCACAGCACAACAUUGCGGACAACGCGGAAAUUGCAGAAAAGCGAUAUAUUGCUAGACGCCGAAUGCCCCAGCUCAUUGACAAAUAUUGUAUCGAGAAUACCGGACCAUUUCUUCUCUUCUGCGACGACUUGCGUCCAUCGAAUAUUCUGAUUAAUCCAGACACGCUUGAAAUAACCGCAUUGAUCGACCUUGAGUACACAAAUGCCAUGCCAGCACAAUUCACGUACGAUCCCCCGUGGUGGCUUUUAUUAUCUGGCCCGGAAUUUUGGCUCGAUCGUGGUUGUCUCGAAGAAUUCAACAGCCUUUAUGAGCUCAGAAUGGAACAGUUUCUUCAGGCGUUAGAAGAAGUUGAAAGUACGUCAUGCACCGGGAAGCAGCUCGAGCCGCCACUUUCUGCGAGGAUGCGUGACUCGUGGGCAAAUGGGAGAUUCUGGUUCAACUAUGCGAUGCGAAAGAGUUUCGAGUUGGAUUCAAUCUAUUGGGCGGUGUUGCACGAGAAAGAUACUGAACAUGGUCAAGAGGAGUAUCCGGAGAUGGAGAAAUUCAUCGCCACAAAGAUGGAGCAGCUGGAAAAGUAUAGAAAGGAAUGUGCAGCUCGUUCCUCAACAUAA